AUGGGGUCUCUACGGAAGCAGUAUUUAGCGAAAUAUUACACCUAUGGGUUCCGUAUUGCGAGUCAAUCCUACUCCACUAGUACCAAUAGGCAGCAUAGGGGAAGAAGCACUACACAUAGGAAUCAACAACAUGAAAAUUUUGUUAUAAAUUACCCUUAUCCUUAUCGGUAUCGGGGCUUGUUGGAACCCCAAGGGACCAACAGGGCUAACCAGAAUGGUUGGGACAACAAACAUCCAUCUCGUUCGUACUUUGGGUAUCCAUUUAACCAUCAAAGAUUGUUGAAGUGACUAAUUCCUGGAAAUAGGGGGUGUUGAGGACAAAGAAAUUGUUGGAGUUACCAUUUCCAUCUAGUACUAAUACAGUUGGUGUUAAUAAAAAACCUCUUGCAAGAAGGCUGGCUAGAGAUUUCUUGUAAAAAUACUAGCUCCUUUCAGUUCAUAAUGAGAAUAGUCAAAUUUGAAUUUCAUGGAUUAUUUCCA